AUGGCUGCUGGGACCAAAUGCCAGUGCGUCUCCAGGAGAGAGCUGAAGGACACAGGCCAGUCUUGGGCUGUGCGUGAAGCAAAGCAUACAGGCAGCCUCUCUUUUCUCUCAUCAGAAUUUCACAGCCUGGGAAUCUUUGGAGAGACUUCUGGGAUGAAAGCAGUUCUGGGGCAUGGGCUCCUGGACAUUACACAGCAUCAGAAUGGAGCGGGAGGGCAGCAGAAGAAAGCACCCCACACCACGGUGCAGAGGCUUCUCCACUGGGGUCUUCCAGUUUCCUGGAGCCGGUUCCAAUGGCGCCAGCAGAGGGAGUUCCCCGCCACUGCUUUCCUGCUAGGAGCAGGGACUGGUGGGCUCCUGGCCAUAGGUCUCUUUCAGCUCCUGGUGAACCCCAUGAACAUUUAUGAGGAGCAGAAGAUGGUGGCAUUAUAUGGCUUGGCAAGCUUGGGGGCCAUUGCCUGGGGAACCUCUCCUCAUAUCCGCUGCGCCAGUGUCCUCUUGGUACCCAAGAUGCUGGGCAAAGAAGGCAGACUCUUUUUCCUGGGAUAUGCUUUGGCUGCCAUCUACAAAGGGCCAGCAUCCAAUCUGCAGUACAACCUCAAUGAAGUGAUAGCAUCCCUGGGCUGCACUGUGGAACUGCAAAUCAACAACACCCGAGCGGCCUGGCGUGUCUCCACAGCCCCUCUGCGGGCAGUGUUCAAGGACCUGCUGGGCGGCAAAGACUCACUGAAAGUGGAGAUUUGGAACAUCUCUACCUCCUUUGAGGACCUGGAUGCCCAGGUGAAGAGUGAUAUUGGCUACGAUGUCAUAGGCACAGCCUCAGGCACAGAGAUCCAUGGAACCCCCCAAGGCAGACGCCACAUGUCCACACAGAAGCUGUAUGAGCUCAAGACCAAGCUGCGCUGCUCUUAUGUAGUAAAUAAGGCCAUAAUCAGCUGCCAUCACUGGUUUGAAAAAAAGCAUCAAGAGUGCAUGCAACACAUCUGGGUCCCACUCCUUAACCACCUGCUCUGCCUGCCAAUGAAGUUCAAGUUCUUCUGUAGCAUUGCCAAGGCAAUGCAGAUCUGGUGCUACAAACGCAUCCCAGUGGAAGGCAACUUUGGGCAAACCUAUGACUCACUCAACCAGUCUAUUCAUGGUCUGUAUGGAGAAUUUUCAGCCAAUAUUGACAUUAAGGAGGAGAAGCAGGCUGCGGUGCUGGGUCUCAACACGAGCUGGGAGCACAUGAGCAUGGAGGUUCGGGACUAUGUCCAAGAGCAAGAGGCCCGUCUGCAGUGGGCUGCGGGGCUGCUGCAUGUGCUCCUGUCCUGCACUUUCCUGCUGCUCUUCCACGCAUCCUUCUCCUACAUGGAGAGCUACAAUGGGGACAUCCGUUUUGACAACAUCUACAUCAGCACAUACUUCUAUCAGAUUGAUGCACGAAGGAAGAAGCUGGGCAAACAGAGUCUGUUGCCACUCCGCAAGGCAGAAGAGAGAUCUGUUAUCUUCCCUUUCAAGCCCACUAUCCAGGCCUCAGAAAUGCGAAAUGUGGUGAGGGAGCUCGUGGAGACGCUGCCCCUCCUGCUCCUGCUCCUGGUGCUGUGCGGGCUGGACUGGGCACUCUACUCCAUCUUUGACGCCAUCCGCCAGCACUCCUUCCUGCAGUACUCCUUCCGCAGCAGUCACAAACUGGAAGUGAAGGUUGAGGGAGACUCCAUGCUUGCCAGGCUUCUUCGAAAAACCAUUGGAGCUCUGAACACAUCCUCAGAUACAGGAGUGGAGUCAGACAACAUGCCCUGCCUGCCUCAACCUAUAGCCAUGGAUGCCAGGGCUUACUGGGAAGCUUCACUGCCAACCACCCUGCUUGUGUGUCUCUGCCUAGCUCAGGCUUUCGGUUACAGGCUCCGGAGAGCCAUUGCUGCCUUCUAUUUCCCCAAGCGAGAGAAGAAGCGGGUUCUGUUCCUCUACAAUGAGUUACUGAGAAAGAGAGCAGCUUUCACUAAAUUAAGGAGGGCCACCAUUGUCCGUCGGGCACGUCAGCAGAGGGUUUCGCGCCACCACCUGGUUGACACUCUGUACCGCCGAUGCCCUCUCCUGCGUCGCUUGACGCGUCGGCGCUGCGUAGUGUGCCAGGCACCAGAGACUCCCGAGUCCUACGUGUGCCCCACGCUGGACUGCCAGACAGUGUACUGCCGGUCGUGCUGGGAAGACAUGCGACGGCGGUGCCCGGUGUGCACGCCCCGCGAGGAGCUUUCUUCCUCUGCCUACAGCGACAGCAACGACGACACCGUCUACGGCGAAUGA